AUCCCGUUUGAGGCGGAUUGGGAGGCUGCUGGGAAAAAAUGGCAGCUUCCUUUUGUUUUUGAGGAUUUGCCAGGCUCGGGGUGAGCAUUUAAAGGCGUUGUUCGGCGGAAACCCCGGCCUAAUCGCGCAUUUGGGGCUCGUCCUGCCAUCUGUUCAAGCUCUGGAAGCAGGAGAAGAUGGAGAAGAGCGGGAGCAUCGAUAGUUUGGGCUCGAAACCCUCCUCCUCCCGACAGCCAAGUGUUGAUUCAUUGUCCAGCACUUCCACCUCUCGCUCGGACCGCUCCGGCCCGGCCAAGCCGGCCUCUGCUCUGUCCUCCGACUCCGUGUCGACCUCUGCAGAGUUUUCUCCAGAGCUCCGGGUAAAGCCCAAAGCUACCGCCAAGAAGGUGCACAGAGAGUCGGACAAAGAAGAGCCACAGCUGCUGCCGAAUGAAUCUGUGCAAGACAUGGCACACGAUAUCACCUACUUCUGUCCUUUCACUGGAGCGCUGAGGGGAACCGUCAUGGUCACCAACUACAGGCUCUUCUUUAAAUCCAUGGACAGGGAGCCGGCGUUCAUGCUGGACAUGCCUCUGGGAGUUGUAAGCCGCGUGGAAAAAAUCGGGAACGCCUCGACCCGCGGCGAUGUGUCCUAUGGAGUAGUUUGCAAGGAUAUGCGUAAUCUACGGUUUGCACACAAACAGCUGGAGGAAACCAUCAAGAAGUCCAUUUUUGAAGUUCUGAUGAAAUUUGCGUUUCCCGUUUCCAACGGCCUGCAAAUCUUUGCCUUUGAAUACGGGCAAGUUUUCCCCGAAAAUGGGUGGAAGGUGUAUGAUCCCAUAGCCGAGUACAAAAGACAGGGUAUACCCAACGAAAGCUGGAGGAUAACAAAAGUCAACGAUCACUUCGAGCUGUGCGAUACAUACCCGUCAACCCUGGUGGUUCCGGUCAACAUACCCGACGAAGAGCUGAAGAGGGUGGCCGCGUUUAGGGCGAAGGGCAGGAUCCCUGUGCUGUCGUGGAUCCACCCAGAGAGCCAGGCCACCGUGACGCGCUGCAGCCAGCCGAUGGUCGGGGUGAACGGCAAGCGCAGCAAAGAGGACGAGAAAUACCUGCAGGCCAUCAUGGAUGCCAACGCUCAGUCCCAUAAACUUUUCAUUUUUGAUGCCAGACCCAGUGUCAACGCCGCCGCCAACAAGAUGAAAGGCGGUGGAUACGAAAGUGAGGACGCGUAUCAGAACGCUGAGCUGGUGUUCCUGGACAUCCACAACAUCCACGUCAUGAGGGAGUCGCUGCGCAAGCUGAAAGAUGUGGUUUACCCCAACAUCGAGGACUCGCACUGGCUGUCCAACCUGGAGUCCACUCACUGGCUGGAGCACAUCAAGCUGAUCCUGGCAGGCGCACUGAGGAUCGCAGACAAGGUGGAGUCUGGGAAAACGUCCGUGGUGGUGCACUGCAGCGACGGCUGGGACAGGACGGCCCAGCUCACCUCUCUGUCCAUGCUCAUGCUGGACGGUUUCUACAGGACCAUCCGCGGCUUUGAAGUGUUGCUCGAGAAAGAGUGGCUCAGUUUUGGACAUCGCUUCCAGCUGCGUAUCGGACACGGCGACAAAAACCACACGGAUGCAGACCGCUCGCCCGUUUUCAUCCAGUUCAUCGACUGCGUGUGGCAGCUGACUCGACAGUUUCCUGCAGCUUUUGAGUUUAACGAAUAUUUCCUGGUAACCAUCCUGGAGCACCUGUACAGUUGCCUGUUUGGGACGUUCCUGUGUAACAGUGAACAGCAAAGGCUGAAGGAAGAAAUUCCCAAGAGGACAGUCUCGCUGUGGUCCUACAUUAACAGCCAGCUAGAGGAGUUCACAAAUCCAAUGUAUGUAAACUAUUCAAACCAGGUGUUGUUCCCCGUCGUCAGCUUACGCCACCUGGAGCUUUGGGUUGGCUACUACAUCCGCUGGAACCCUCGCAUGAAACCGCAGGAACCCAUUCACCAGCGCCAUAAGGAGCUGCUGGCGAAGCGAGCCGAGCUUCAGAAGAGAGUCGACGAGCUACAGAGGGAGGUGACGAACCGCUCCAUUUCAUCAUCCUCAGAGAGGCCAAGCUCGCCCACGCGCUCCAUCACUCCUGUGCAGACCUUCGUUUGACACAUUCUGCUCUUAUGAAAGUGUAGCCCCGCCUGCGAGAGCCUGGAAAAGUAGGAAUGGGUGUCACAACUGGAGCCAAGAAGGACCUGAGGGUCAUCUUUAGGGGAUUAAUACACUACCACCAAAAGUUUGAACAGGCAGAGUUGUCAUGAAUUCAGGUAGAUUGCUUACAUCGGAGGUUUCUGAGAUCACUGGACUGCAGCCAUAUACAACAUAUUAGUCCUCUGAGGUCAGAGAACAUGUAAAGAAAAUAAGGAAGGACUUUGAUGCCUGUCGACCAACCCACUAUUAUCAUUUGUCUUUGUUUUAUCUACACUAAUUAUUUGUUUGGGUUUAAUGUUUAUGCCUUAUGUGCUUCAUAGGAACCCUCACUUCACUACUUGAUGUUCAUUUCAAAGCAAAGCAGCUGGCAAUUUGUGAACGAAGAGUGCUGCAAAAAAACCAAAGUAGAAGGGAAAAUCAACAGAAAAAACAAAGUUUUGAGUUUUUAAGUAUUGGUUUUAGGCUAGAACUGAAAAGAAAUAAUGCUGACGUCAACAUAAAGAACACAAUGGUUCCUCUUCUUAAAUGAAUCCUUUUAGACGGUAGUGGGCAGAUAUCUCUUUCACUUCAAGGACAGACACUAUGUAUGACAUUCCUUCUACUGACCAAUUUAACUGUUGUAAGUUUAAUUUCUCUAAGAAGCUAACAUUAUUUAUUGUAACUCUUAAGCAUCCUUUUCCUAGCCUCAUAUUUUUAUUGUUUCUGGGUCAUAUCAGUAAGCUGCAAAGCUUGUAACAUAUUUUGAGUUAAUUUUGCUCAUUAAGUCUAAUGUAAUAAUUAGAAUUUGUGCCUUUUUUUUUUUAUGAAUAGUCGAGAAUAAAAACAAAAGUGUGCACAGAUUGUAAUGUUGAACAAUAAAAACACCGCUAGUAAGUUUUGCCGCAUAUGUGCAACACUCACUUUAAAACUGUUCAAAUGUUAGCCAAACGCCCCAGUAGCACUAACAGUAAUAUCUUUUUAUAAUCCUUAGUUAUAAAAAGUGCCUUUCAUGGGAGCGUGAGAAAGGUUUUCAGGGGCUGUCUGUAUUUGUGGAACUCUUAUGUUACGUUUUUACAUUGUAGCUUUUAAAUUCUCCAUUCACAAACUAAUUUUUCCUGUUUUUUUUUUCUUGUUUGUUUUUUAUUUAAGUGCGUCUUUCUCUGUAUCUACACGUACAUCUCUAAUGUCACUGAUAUUGCAUUACUGUCCCUUUUAAAAUGUACAGCUAUUAAAGUCAUAACACUUCCACACAGUUUCUCAUGCUGUAUGCACUACCUUUUAUUCAUUUAUUUCCUCCUUUGUCCAACUUCACUGUCAGAUUUCAAACCGUAUUAAACUAUUAAAAGUGAAA